GGGGAAGGCUGGGAAUCUAUAGGAGACGCGGCGCGACGAGCAUCCCCUUUCUUCCUUUCUCUUUCCCUCCUCGCCGCGCCGCCUCCGCAGCAGCAGAGCCUCUCGAAAUUUUGGGCCUCGCCGCGGAGCGCGAAGAGAGAUCGAGGGCGGCGGAGCUGCGCGUGGGUAGCAAGCGGCGGCGGAGGCGGAGGCGGCGGAGAUGACGGACGGCCAUCUCUUCAACAACAUCCUCCUCGGCGGCCGCGCCGGCUCGAAUCCUGGCCAGUUUAAAGUGUAUUCUGGAGGUCUUGCAUGGAAGAGACAGGGUGGAGGAAAGACCAUUGAGAUUGAGAAAUCUGAUUUAACGUCGGUGACAUGGAUGAAAGUCCCCAGGGCCUAUCAGCUUGGAGUCAGGACCAAAGAUGGCCUGUUUUACAAGUUUAUUGGCUUCCGUGAACAGGAUGUAAGCAGUCUGACCAAUUUCAUGCAAAAGAAUAUGGGCCUCUCACCAGAUGAAAAACAGCUUUCUGUUAGUGGUCAAAACUGGGGAGGGAUCGAUAUAAAUGGAAAUAUGCUUACCUUUAUGGUUGGUUCAAAGCAAGCAUUUGAAGUGUCGCUGGCAGAUGUCUCACAAACACAAAUGCAAGGCAAAACAGAUGUUCUCUUAGAGUUUCAUGUUGAUGAUACUACUGGGGGCAAUGAGAAAGAUUCGCUUAUGGAUUUAAGCUUUCAUGUACCUACUUCAAAUACUCAGUUUCUUGGAGAUGAGAAUCGCACUGCAGCCCAGGUCCUAUGGGAAACAAUAAUGGGUGUUGCUGAUGUUGAUUCUUCUGAAGAGGCAGUUGUCACCUUUGAAGGAAUUGCUAUUCUUACACCAAGAGGACGUUAUAGUGUUGAGCUUCAUCUGUCAUUUUUGCGUCUCCAAGGACAAGCUAAUGAUUUUAAAAUCCAAUAUAGCAGCAUUGUUCGCCUUUUUCUUUUGCCAAAGUCAAACAACCCUCAUACAUUUGUGGUUGUCACUCUUGAUCCACCAAUCCGUAAAGGACAAACACUGUAUCCUCACAUUGUCAUUCAGUUUGAGACAGAGGCAGUAGUUGAAAGAAAUCUGGCAUUAACUAAAGAGGUUCUGGCUGAAAAAUACAAGGACAGGCUGGAGGAAUCUUACAAGGGUCUGAUACAUGAGGUAUUCACCAAAGUUCUUCGUGGUCUAUCUGGUGCUAAAGUUACAAGGCCAGGUUCUUUCAGAAGUUGCCAAGAUGGGUAUGCAGUUAAAUCGUCUCUCAAAGCUGAAGAUGGACUGUUGUAUCCACUUGAAAAGGGCUUCUUCUUUCUGCCAAAGCCUCCCACCCUCAUUCUACAUGAAGAGAUUGAGUUUGUUGAAUUUGAACGUCAUGGUGCUGGGGGUGCCAGUAUUUCAUCACACUAUUUCGACCUCCUAGUCAAGCUGAAAAAUGAUCAAGAACAUCUCUUCAGAAAUAUUCAAAGGAGUGAAUACCAUAACCUCUUCAACUUUAUCAAUGGAAAACACUUGAAAAUAAUGAACCUUGGAGAUGGUCAAGGCGCAACUGGUGGGGUUACAGCUGUUCUACGAGACACUGAUGAUGAUGCUGUUGAUCCACAUCUAGAACGAAUUAAAAAUCAGGCUGGGGAUGAGGAAAGUGAUGAAGAGGAUGAAGAUUUUGUUGCGGAUAAGGAUGAUAGUGGAUCACCUACUGAUGAUUCUGGUGGGGAGGAUUCAGAUGCUAGUGAAAGUGGGGGUGAAAAAGAGAAAUUAUCCAAAAAGGAAGCUAGUAGUUCAAAGCCACCUGUGAAGAGGAAGCCUAAGGGAAGGGAUGAAGAAGGUUCAGACAAAAGAAAGCCGAAGAAGAAAAAGGAUCCUAAUGCCCCCAAAAGAGCAAUGACACCAUUCAUGUACUUCUCAAUGGCUGAGCGAGGAAAUAUGAAGAAUAACAAUCCUGAUUUGCCUACAACCGAGAUUGCAAAGAAGCUCGGGGAGAUGUGGCAAAAGAUGACAGGCGAAGAGAAGCAACCUUACAUCCAACAGUCUCAAGUCGACAAGAAACGAUACGAGAAGGAAUCUGCUGUCUACCGUGGCGCAGCCGCCAUGGACGUGGACUCUGGCUCCGGCGGCAACGAGUCUGACUAGAGCCACACACUGACACUUUGGCGGUUGGCGUAAUGAAGAAAUUUGUUAAUCCCUGGAACCACUGAUGCAGUUUGGGCACUGAAAUCUUCUCAGCUAUUAACCUUGCAUUGCGCUGGAUGAUCCGAUCCAUGUGUUUGCGUACGAUGGUAUCGGCUGUUCUCGCCGUGGGGUGACUCGAUCACAAACCGUUACUGUCUGUGUACGCCGACACGAGCGAUAUCCCUCGGAAGCAUCGUGCUGUUAAGAAGUGCUUAAUUUGGCGUAGCAUCUAUCUCGAAUGCAAGACUCUGUUAGCCUAUGAGCUUUUGUAAAACAGGAAGAAUGAUUUGUAUAACAAAAAUUUACCAUGGAUUGGUUAUGUUAUAACAUAGUGAUUUAAGAACUAA